GUCCCAUGAGAAGUACCAUGAGGAGAUGGACAGUGAGUAACAGUGUGUCUGCAUGCUGGUCGGUGUGUGUCGUCUAUCUUCUCGCAGUCUCCGUGAUCUUCGCGUCCAGCGUCACCUGUCGCAGCGCAUGUCCCGUGCAGCGGGCGCUCAGGGUCGCCAACUCCUCGCCCGCCUCCACCUCCGGCCGGCAUGUGCGCAGCUACGUGCACCUCCAGGGAGACGUGCGCCAGCGGAAACUCUUCUCUUUCCAGAAGUUCUUCCUUAGGAUCGGGAAAGACGGCAGAGUCAACGGCACCAAGAGCAAAGACGAUCCCUACACAUUACUCUACAUCCGAGUCAGAAACAGAGCAGCUACUGUUAGUCUGCAGGCAGAGUUUCAUGAAUGGCGUGAUGUGAAUAUCGCCAGCGACACAUCAAAGUCCACUAUCAUGUCUUCAAACAUCCUCUUUGUAGUUGUCGCAGGAAGCAGUCAGGAUGCUUCAGGCAUGAGCCGGACGUACGGGAGACCACCACCAAGAAACUAUGGUAUAAACUGCCGUCUGAAGGAGCGCAUCGAGGAGAACGGGUAUAACACAUACGCAUCCGCGGAGUGGAGGAACAAGAAGCGCCAGAUGUUUGUAGGUCUGAGUGCUCAUGGAAGGCCUCUGCGCGGGAGAAAAACCCGCAGGAAGAACACAGCUACACACUUCUUACCCAUACUGGUGUGACUUUUGUUCAUAAUGCUGACGGGACGGAGAGAGCUCGGUGAUAAAGACUUUGUCCACACGUGACUCUCUGUAGCGGCUGCGCUCCUUUCAGACGGUUCAGUGUUUGCUCUUUGGUUCAUGGCCCUAGAUGAAACUUAUCCCCAUGCCAGUUGAUAUUAAGUGGUAAACAUUCGUGAAUGCAGGCUUUCAUUUCCAUUGUGCAUCAUUCCAGUAAUCUAAAAUGAUGGAUUAUGUGUGCAAGAGUUUUCUCUUUAAUAGGAUCAUGUGCUUAAGAACGUCUGCUUUCAUUUCUUUCUAAUGGACAUGAAGAUCUUGUAGGAGCGGCUCUGAGGAGAAAGAGAUAGUGGGGAUGUAUAUGGGAAAUUUAUAUCUUCUGAAAACUGUUUUGGACUGCUUUGAAAUAAUUAAAUUAUUUAUUUGUAUUGUAUUU